AUGAGACCAUUGACUGAACUCGAGACAAAAACCUUCUUCGAGAAGUUGGCAAAAUACAUCGGACGCAAUAUCACCCACUUGAUCGACCGUGGCGAUGAGACCUACUGCUUCCGUCUCCACCGCGACCGUGUAUACUACGUUAGUGAGUCGGUGAUGCGCAAGGCAACGAGUGUCGGACGUGAUCAGUUGAUUUCGCUCGGUAUCUGCUUCGGAAAGUUCACAAAGACUGGAAAGUUCCGCAUGCACGUCACCUGCCUCGAAUACAUCGCACAAUACGCCAAGCACAAGGUGUGGAUUAAGCCCAACGGUGAGAUGCCCUUCCUGUAUGGUAACCACGUCGUGAAGGCUCAUAUUGGUCGUGUCACCGAAGAUACCCCAGAGCACCAGGGAGUCAUUGUCUACUCGAUGACGGAUGUGCCCCUCGGCUUUGGCGUCACUGCCCGCUCAACAUCCGACACCCGCAAGAUGGAGCCCACCGCCAUCGUUGUCUUCCACCAGGCCGAUAUCGGAGAGUACCUUCGCCAAGAGGAUACUCUUUUCUAA